GAUUUUUGGUCAAAGAAGGGGCAAAAUCAAAAUUUUAAACAAAAAGAGGCAACAGCAAAUUCGAGUUCAAUUCCUAAUUGGCUCACUGUUUCGUUCAUCUCUGCAAUUUCAGAGCCACAGAUGAAGACGGAAGCACCCGGAUUUCUGAUCCAAAUCGACGACGACGUAGACGACGACUUCCUUUCUCAGGUUGCCGCCGCCGAGGCCCAUGCUCUCGCGAACAAGCGCCGCCGUAUCGCCACCCCCACGCUCUCCCCAAACGCCGUCGCGUCGGCACCUCCUCCACCAGGCGCAGCGAAUCCGAAGGAGAGAUCCGACUCCGAAGCCGACGGCGGUCUCUACAUCGCGGCGCUCAAAGGAAACCAGAGCGCGUUCUCCGAGCCUCCGCGCGGCGGUGGAUUUGGCAGAGGGCGAGUCGGCGGGGCCGUAGCGGCCUCGGGAAACGACGGCGUUUUGGGCGGUGAUGCGUGCUUCAAGUGCGGGAAAUCGGGACACUGGGCUCGCGAUUGCGAUGCCCCAGGCGGAGGAAGAGGAGGAGGAGGCGGGGGGUAUAAUGGUAAUUACGGCGGCGGAGCGUAUAAUGGUAAUUACGGCGGCGACGCUGCGUCCGCCAUUUUGUUUCCUGAGAAAAGCUGCCCCUGUGGAUCUGGAACCUGCGUGGUGCUCACUGCAAAUACUGAGAAGAAUCGAGGUCGAAAAUUCUACAAAUGCCCACUUAGACAGGAAAAUGGGGGUUGUGGUUUCUUUGAGUGGUGUGAUAAUGCUUCUGGGCCUAAUGCCAUGGCUGGUGCUGGUAGUGGUAGCUUUAGUAGGACCCAAAACUAUGCAUCUGAUUCUACAUUUCCAGCUCUUGAAUGUCCCUGUGGUGGUGGGCAAUGCCGAAUCUUAACAGCUAAAACGGGCAAAAAUAUCGGCAGCCAAUUCUAUCGCUGUCCUGGAAAUGAGGGAAGCUCUUGCGGUUUCUUCAAGUGGUGCAAUGAGAAUACUGUGGCAGCUGGUAGUGUUCAAGGUGCACGAAUCCCCAAGGUGGUUUAUGGUUCAAGCGAGACAGGCAGCCAAGGGAGCUAUGGUGUUAGGACUGGUUCUUCCUGUUACAAGUGUGGAAAGGAAGGGCAUUGGGCAAGAGAUUGCUCCGUUCCUUCAAACAAUGCUCCGGUUGAAUUUGGAGGACGGUCUGCUUCAACAAGCAGCUGCUAUAAGUGUGGAAAGACGGGGCACUGGGCCAGGGACUGUCCUUCUGGUUAAUAUGCAGUCUGCCGAUAAGCAGAUUAUUUUCUUGACUUCAAUGCUUCUCUGUUUGAAAUUCUCUAGAGUAGUUGUUUCUUGUUCUUAUAUGCGAGACUAGUUGUUUGACUUGUUUCUGGCUUGUGAAUAUAGUACUGGAGAAGUUGUUGAACAAGUAAACAUGAACUUGAGGCCCUCGCUUGUCUUGCGUUCAUUUUUCAAUAGAAACUGCUCAUUUGAGCUUCUUUCUCUGGAGUGCCUUAACCAUAUGGUCAUUGAU